AGCUACUUCCGGUAGGCGGUAGAGUCCUUAAUGCCCUUUGGGGAGAACCGUCAACUGCGUUACUGACUUCUGACCGAUUUGGUGCUCAUACUGACGAUCAAAAUGUCCGCCGAGCGCUUCCGCUUCCGGCGGGGAUUUUAAAAAUUCAGCAGUGAGCCUCAAAAUGGCUUCACUAUUUAUCUCCGACAUUCAAGGGAUCUUCAAUGAACUAAUUUAAAGAGGUGAGGAAGUUUUUAGGCCUAUUGCAAGCGCUGUCAAGUCUGUUGACCUCACGAGGCCCGGAGCAGACGACACAACAUCAAAGCAAAGCGACGCCAUUUUGAUCGUCAGUAUAUGAGGAAUCGCGCAUAAAAUUUCGGAUAUAUGAGAAAUAAAACGUAACACUUUUCAAGUUGACGGUUCUCCCCAAGGGGCCUUUAGGACUCUAGUAGGCGGUUUUACAAUAUUUAGAUUCAAAAUGUCGAGCAACAAACCUAUCUGAUUUUUUCGUCACCCUAUUUGCGUUGUUUACUGAAUAUUUUGAUUUUCAAUGCACUUCCAAAGUUAAUGCGGACCACGACUUAAUAAUUGAAAUUCCAUUGGAGGCUCUGUAAAAUCUAUGGGGAGGAAGAUGACUUUCCGUUACGUUAACAACCCUCGCCGGUUAUUUUACCUUGUUUUAUUAACAUGCUGUUUAUAUGGAGCGAUUAUUAUAAUUCGAACUGUCAUGGAAGGUGGCGUAGAAGACCUCGACAGGAGUUUACAAUUAAAAGAAAUGAUUGGAGAGUUCAACCGUGCCUCCAAGAUAGAUAUUAAAAAUGUAGGGCAGGUUUGUCGACAUCCAGUUUUGCCUGUGAAUGCACCUGAAAUGAUGAAAUUCAUCAAAAGAGUGGAAAAAUUUAAUUGUGAUCCAGAGAAAAGCUGGGUUGAAGUGAAUGGUUCAACAGCUUUCAUUACUGAUGAGGCCAAAGCUCUUCAUGGAGAGAUAGAGUGUUCAUUUACUGAUAUUAAUCGUAAUAACGAGUAUACAACAUCAGAUGGGCUUACAACUUCAACCCACACGCAGUAUAAUCUUGAAGCAAGUGAUUUUGUGAAGACGUACUGCAAAUCUGAAAGCGGCGAUUACUGGAAUAGCAUUUUAGCGGGAAUCCGUCACAGUGAAGAAAUAUUUGAUCGCAUUGGGUGGGAACAAAUUCCUAAAGAUGCCUUGGGAUUGAGUGUUAUAAUGUGGGGAAUGGAUUCCAUUUCCAGAAAUAAUUUUAUUCGGAAGCUCCCUCGAACUUACACGUACCUCACUGAUCAUUUGGAAGCACUGAUCCUUGAAGGCUAUAAUAUUGUUGGCGAUGGAACCCCUCAAGCUCUGAUACCAAUCUUAACUGGAUUUACUGAGUUGGAGCUUCCCGAAACACGCAAAAGGAAAGGAUCAAAAGCGACAUUUGUAGAUGCCUAUCCAUUCAUUUGGAAUGACUUUAAAGCUAAUGGAUAUGUGACAGGCUAUGUAGAAGAUCAACCUGACAUAGGAACCUUUACAUACCGUCUGAAAGGUUUCAAUAAAGCUCCUGUUGAUCAUUAUGGGAGGUCUUUCUACCUAGCAGCUGAAUCACACUGGCGCAAUGAGAAACGUUGUCUAGGGUCUCAAGAAUGUCACAAGAUAAUGUUACAGUAUACAGAAAACCUGAUGUCUGUUUAUCGAGACAAGCCUCACUUCAUGCUUUCUUUUCUGGCCCAACUAUCUCACGAUAAUGUGAAUCUGGUUGGAACAAUGGAUGAUGACCUUCACGAUUGGUUAGUUGACGUUCAUAAAAGGGGUCUCUUGAAUAACACACUUCUUAUAGUCUUCAGUGACCACGGUCCAAGAUUUGCUGAUAUACGCCAAACUAUCCAAGGAAAGCAAGAAGAAAGACUGCCGUUCUUUUCAUUUGCAUUCCCACCCUGGUUCAAACAGAAGCAUCCUGAGGCUUAUAACAAUUUCGUUCUCAAUACCAAGCGCCUUACUUCACCAUUCGAUAUUCAUGCAACCCUAAAGGAUAUCAUUCAUUUUCCAUCUAGAUUAGGAGAAAAUAGUUUGAAAAAUCGGAGUAUGAGUCUCUUUAAGCAGAUUCCCUUAGCAAGAGCAUGUGCUCAUGCACACAUAGAGGCUCAUUGGUGCGCGUGCCUUGAUUGGGAUGUGGUUAGCAUCUAUGAUUCUACCAUCCAAGAAGGAGCAAUGGCCUUCAUUAAUUUUCUGAAUAAAUAUACUCUGCCUCACCGUGAACUAUGUGCGGACCUCUCAUUGGAUGAAAUUAUCUGGUCUGCUAGGUUACGGCCGAACCAAAAGCUAUUGGCAUUCCACCAUUCAUCGGACCCUGAUGGUUUCAAACCAGACUUAUCUGGCUCUCAAAAGGCUGUCACAGAAAUGCUGCAAAUAAAGUUACGGACAAAGCCUGGGAGGGGCUUGUUUGAAGUAUCAAUGUCCCACAAUCUGGUAUCAGGAAAUUUCACAAUUAGGGUUCAAGAUGUCAGCCGAAUUAACAAAUAUGGUUCUGCUGCCCACUGUGUGAUGGCAGCUAAUCAGGAUCUAAGAAAAUAUUGCUAUUGCAAAGAACCUCCUGUUAAUAAUUAAGACUUUGCAGACAGCUUAAGUUUGAAGUAUGUAAGACUAAUAGGGCAAACUUGUUAGUUAAAUUUUUUUUUUUAAUAAUUCUUUUGAUUUUUGUUGAGGCAAUCAUCAGACCAUUCAUCUAAAGACCAAAAUUGGCUCUAAAUGUGUUUCUUUUUUUUUUUAUCAUUUCCAAGCCAAGUUAGUGAUAUUUCAAAUUGUUGGCUCUGUGCUCCAAAGACUACUGUUGCACAAAUGUUGAUGUUCAUGCAACUAUGAACUUACUUUAAGUUCAGACUAGAGAGUCUGUUGUGAUUCUAGUUUGGAUCUGUUCCUUUGAUUAAUGGUCUGCAUAUGCUUGCUAGUUUUUGUGGUUGAGGGGAUGAAGAGCUAAUUAUGUAUUGGCACAUGUAAUCAAUUUUCAGUGUUCCUUGAAAAUAUGUUUAAUAUUUAGUGUCAAAUGCAUCGUGUCAUGUAUUAGUGUCUCUUGUUAUCUUAAAUGAAAGGUAAAUGGGAAGCACAAAAUUCUAAUUAUUAUCUUUAUGUACUUCAUGAUGAGUUAACUUUUCUGUGAUUUGAAUCACUCUGUGGCUGAGUCAAAUUAGUUGUGAUUCCUUUGUUUGGAAUGUGGUGGGAAUUGAGGAGAAACAAAAAAAAAAAAAAUGCUUCAAUAAGGAAAGAAGUAUUGUAAUUGUAUAGUGCAUGUUAUGUUCAAAUGUCAUGCACAAUGUACUUGAGAAAAUAUUUGUCGUAUCAUAAAGUAAUUUAUGUGUGAUAUUCUCAUCUACGUUAGUCAUGUUUACCAAAUUGCAUAAAAAUGAUUAGGUUUUGUCCCGUUAUCCAAAUUAUGUUUCUGACUUAGAGUAACAUACACCAGCAAUGUAUUUUCGCCUCUGUAUUUUCUGUUGUUCCUUUUUGAACCUUGUUGUUGUGGUACAGUCUAUAGGAAUUACUUAAAUAAAGCAAUGGAUAUUUGUUUUUAUACUUAAAAAAAAAAAGAAAAAAAAACAACCUGUAUAUGUAAGAUUUUAAAAACCGGUAUUUUAUCUUGUGCUAUCGCUGCUGUCCCUCUUGUUGAUGAUGAUCUUUGUUAGGUUUAUGUUGCAUUCUUACUACACUGAAUUUAUGUUUUUGUAAACUUUUUCCCUGCUUCUAUUCAUCAAGUUAAGUACGUCCGGUUAUGUGCCUGUGAUUGAAGUCCUACCAGUAAUCACUAAUUUUGUAGUGGCUUUCUUACGUUCAUUCCUAUGAAUGAAAAGUUACAUGAAAAUUUAAUGUAUUUGCGUUAUUCUCUGUAUUUUGAAGAGCUUAUACUGUAUCAUAUCUGAAGUGAAAGAGUUUUAUUGCAAAGCCAAGGCAUUUGAUAUGCCUGUUGCUUUAACAAAUGCCCCUCUUCAGUAUUUAUUUCUUUAUAGAAAGCGUAUGAAACAACUUCUUAAAUAUUCUUUGAGAGUUAAUUAUAGCCCAGUAGUUCAGUUAUGAUUGGGACCAAUCUCCAAAUGUAUUGGCCAGAAUGCAAAAUGCUGUGUCAGUUUCUCCUUAGGUGUUUAGUUUCUGUGUUGAGACUGAAUGGAUCCAUCUUUUUAUGUUAAACCUCAUUAGUACUUGGAGCUAUCAGUGUACCCCUAAUGUCAUAAGGUUGAAGUAUUUCCUACUUUUUUUUUGUGACAGAAUGAUCACCUUUGCACAUUAGGUCACAUUGCUCAAUGACAUUGUAAGUGUCUCAUUCUUGUUCUAGUCUUAUGUGUUGCAUUUUAGUCAUUGUUUUUUUUUUUUUUUAAUGAAAAGAUGGAAGUAGCCCUUAAGUAGUUAUUUCUUUUUUAGUGAAGCUGUACUUAUGUUAUCCUAAAUUUUGACAACAUUUUCCCCUUUGUCUCGUUUACUGUAUAUUUUGUGAAAUAAUUUGGUUUAUUUGUUCAAUUUCAUUCCAAGACUGUAAACUAGACUCAUUUCAUGUGCUAAGGAAAGAUUCUCAGUUUGAAAAUAAAUAAAUAUCUGAUUUGAUUACAAACUUCCCUGUAUGUCA